AUGUGUGCUGCCACUUCCAGAGCCAACAAGGCCGAGAAACCCCACAUUCCUGAAAUAAACUGGUCAGUAAAUAAUUCCGCCGCCAUCUGGACCCUUCUGGCCAAGAUUGAGAAGAGUGAAAACUAUCACGUUCUUUAUGGGAAAAAGGAUGUGGCCAAGAAUACAAGUGGUGAAAUGAAGGUUGCUGUGUAUGCCAGGAUUGCCAAAGCUGUCCUCCUGGAACUGUUUUCUCUUAACCCCAACAUAGUUCACAACCAUAUCAAGAGCAAGCUUGAGAGCCUUAAGAAUGUAUACAAGAAACACUCAAAGCAGCUCUGUUGGACUGGUGAAGGUGUUCAGGAAAAUGAGGAUGGCUCACAGGGUAGUAAAGAAACACUGUCCUUCUACAUCAUGGAGGAAAUCAAAGUGGAUUUUCCCUUCUUCCCCACCCUUCACUGUAUCUGGGCCUCCUGUCCAAUCGUCAUCACCACAGCUCUUGGCCCACAGGAUUCAAAGACAGUCUGGUACCAGCCACCUGACGACAACAACAGUUGUACUAACGAUAACAGUAACAUUGACCCCCAGUUGCUAAAUGACACUGUCGCUACAGUGGCACCACAUGAGAACCUUGCAGCCCAGAAGGCUCAAAAUCAAAGCCAUAUCAACCUUGAGCUGCAUAAGCAGAUUAUUGAUGAGGUAAAGAUGGGCUUGUGGACCAUUGAACAAGCUCAGGAGAAGAUUGAGGCUAUCAAGAAUGACAGUUCCCCUCACCCUGUGAAACAUCAGAAAAAGGUUGUUUGA